AUAAUAAAAAAAAAAAAAAAAUUAAAAAUAAAAUGAAUGCGAAUAAUAGCAUCGAGAUUGAGCAACUUGAAGCAUCAGUUCGCAAUGUCAUCGAGCAAAGAUCCUUACGGUGGAUAUUUGUUGGUGGAAAAGGAGGUGUUGGUAAAACCACAUGCAGCUGUUCUCUGGCUGUACAAUUGUCAAAAGUACGUGAAAAUGUGUUAAUUAUCUCAACCGAUCCAGCUCACAACAUUUCCGAUGCUUUCGAUCAGAAAUUCAGUAAAGUUCCUACAAAAGUUAAAGGCUUUGACAAUUUAUUUGCUAUGGAGAUAGAUCCCAAUGUUGGAAUGACGGAAUUACCAGAAGAGUACUUUGAAAAUGAAAAUGUAAUGGGUAGUGAAGCGAUGCGAUUAAGUCGUAGUGUUAUGCAAGAAAUCGUAGGCGCAUUCCCUGGUAUUGAUGAAGCGAUGAGUUAUGCUGAAGUUAUGAAACUCGUAAAAGGAAUGAAUUUUUCAGUGGUUGUUUUUGAUACAGCGCCUACUGGUCACACACUUCGUCUUUUGUCGUUUCCACAAGUUGUUGAAAAAGGAUUAGGCAAGCUGAUGCGUUUGAAAAUGAAAAUAAGUCCUUUCAUAUCACAGAUAAGUUCGUUAUUGGGAAUGUCAGAGUUUAAUGUCGAUAGUUUUUCAAAUAAAAUGGAAGAAAUGCUUGCAGUGAUUAGACAAGUGAAUGAACAGUUUAAAGAUCCUGAUCAGACGACAUUUGUUUGUGUCUGUAUAGCUGAAUUUCUAUCACUUUAUGAAACAGAGAGACUUGUCCAGGAAUUAACCAAAUGCGGUAUCGAUACGCACAAUAUUAUCGUCAACCAGUUGCUGUUCUUAAAGGAUGGUGACGUGCCAUGUAGGCUCUGUUUAGCUCGGCACAAAGUCCAAGGAAAGUAUUUAGACCAGAUCAUGGAUCUUUAUGAGGAUUUCCAUGUCACAAAACUUCCUUUACUCGAGCGUGAAGUUCGAGGUGUUGAACAUGUCAAGGAAUUCUCCGAAAAUCUUGUCAAGCCAUACAAGCCUUAA